CCAAGGGGAUGGCGGAGGGAGGUGGUGUGAACCGGGACGAGGGCGUCGAGGUACAUCGAAAUUUCACUUUUAAGAUGGAAAGCCCCUCAGACUCAGCUGUGAUUUUACCCAGGACUCCAGAGGCCUGUGCAAGUAGCUCACAAAAACAACCCAUGAGUGCAACACUUAAAGAAAGAUUAAGGAAAACAAGAUCUUCAUUUAAUUCCUAUUACAAUGUGGUAAAACGUCUUAAAAUAGAGGGUGAAGAAAAUGAGCAGACUUGUUCAGAGAAACCACCAUCUUCCACAGAAGAAAACUGUUCGGAAUUUCAGGAAAGUUUUAAACACAUAGACAGUGAAUUUGAAGAAAGUACCUAUUUGAAAAAUACCUUCAAGAGUAUCAGUGCAUGUGAAACUAAAUCACUCGAUAGUGGGUCAUGCAGUGCUCUCCAAAGUGAGUUUGUGACUAAGACUCUACCUAAACAAGGAUUA